CGUGAUCACGUGCGCACAGUGAGACCAACAUGGCGCCGCUCUUGGUCCCGGUUCGGUGCGGGUUCCACAUUCAGAGACGAAACUUAGCUCUUCUCCUUCAGAGGUCUAGCUCUUAUCCUGCAUGGAGCUACAGCAGAAAAAGCGGGGCUGGUGAAUUCAGAAGGAAACACAGGAGCACAUAUGAGAGUCUCAAUCUGUCAUCAGCAUGGACAUCCAGUCGAGGAGAUACCAAUCGACAAAUGCUGGAAGCUUUAAAACAUUUAAGGAUACCAGAGCGAACAUGCUGGCAUGGUCAUGCAGGAGGAGGCCUGAGUGCAGAUCCCAAAAAUGUGCUAAAGGAAGUCGACUCAACCAAGAUCCUUUCAUCCAUGUUUGCAUACGUUUGGCCUAAAAAUCGACCGGAUUUGCGAGCUCGAGUGGCAAUCUCACUUGGCUUGCUUGCUGGAGCUAAGCUCACCAAUGUGAUGGUGCCCUUCAUGUUUAAAUAUGCGGUAGACAGCCUGAACCAGAUGUCGGGACACAUGUUGAACCUCAGCGACGCACCAAACACGGUGGCCACCAUGGCAACGGCUAUUCUCAUUGGCUACGGUGUGUCCCGGGCAGGUUCGGCGCUCUUCAACGAGCUCCGCAAUGCUGUGUUCAGCAAGGUGGCACAGAGCUCCAUCCGGCGCAUCGCCAAAAAUGUCUUCCUGCACCUGCACAGCCUGGACCUGUCAUUCCACCUGAGCCGGCAGACAGGCGCACUGUCGAAGGCUAUCGACCGAGGCACGCGUGGCAUCAGCUUCGUGCUUAGCGCCCUGGUCUUCAAUCUCGGACCCACUGUGUUCGAGAUGGCACUAGUCAGUGCCAUUCUGUAUUAUAAAUGCGGCGGUCAGUUUGCACUCGUCACUCUGGGGACCUUAUCGGCGUACACGCUGUUCACCGUCGCAGUUACACAGUGGAGGACCCAGUUCAGAAUAGCAAUGAACAAGGCGGAUAACGAUGCGGGAAACGCAGCCAUCGACUCUCUCCUCAAUUACGAGACUGUAAAGUACUUCAACAAUGAGAAGUAUGAAGCAAGGAGAUAUGACAGUUUUCUGAAAAUCUACGAGUCCUCUUCACUGAAGACAACCACGACCCUGGCCAUGCUAAAUUUUGGACAGAGCGCAAUCUUCAGUGUGGGGAUCACAGCCGUCAUGGUGCUGGCUAGCAAGUGCAUACUGGCAGGAACCAUGACCGUAGGAGAUUUGGUGAUGGUAAACGGACUCCUCUUCCAGCUCUCCCUGCCCCUCAACUUUCUGGGCACAGUGUACAGAGAGACCAGACAGGCUCUUAUUGACAUGAACACACUCUUCACUCUGCUCAGUGUGGACACCAAGAUUAAGGAGAAAGAUCUGGCACCACCACUGCUUGUUACCCCACAGGAGGCCUCGAUCCGGUUUGAGGAUGUCUACUUCGAGUAUCUGGAGGGACAAAAGGUCCUCAACGGGGUUUCCUUCGAAGUACCUAUUGGGAAAAAAGUGGCCAUUGUUGGUGGGAGCGGAUCUGGGAAGAGCACAAUCGUACGGUUGCUGUUUCGCUUCUAUGAACCCCAGCGAGGUAACAUCUAUAUUGCAGGCCAGAACAUUCGAGAUGUCAGCCUGGAGAGCUUAAGGAAAGCUCUGGGUGUGGUGCCUCAGGACGCCGUCCUCUUCCACAACACCAUCUUCUACAAUCUGCAGUACGGUAACCUCAACGCUUCACCAGAGGACAUAUAUCAAGUAGCCAAGCUUGCCGGCAUCCACGACGCCAUCCUCAAAAUGCCUCAUGGAUAUGAGACACAGGUUGGAGAGCGAGGCUUGAAACUGUCAGGUGGAGAAAAACAGCGUGUGGCCAUCGCCAGGGCGAUCCUGAAGAACCCUCCUAUCCUGCUGUAUGACGAGGCAACUUCCUCCCUCGAUUCCAUUACUGAAGAGAGCAUUCUGAGCUCCGUGAAAGAAAUGAUAACCAACAGGACAUCUGUCUUCAUUGCCCACCGGCUGUCCACCAUUGUGGAUGCAGACAAGAUUAUCGUGCUGAAUCAGGGUAAGGUGGCAGAGCACGGCGAUCACCACACACUCCUGAGCACGCCAGGCAGCCUAUAUGCCGAGCUGUGGCACACGCAGAACAGCAAAGUGCUAAACAACGACGGAGACAAGAUGCAGCCUGCUUCAGCUGAGAGAAUCUCACAGAAGGAGGAGGAGCGCAGGAAGCUGCAGGAGGAGAUCCUCAACAGCGUCAAGGGCUGCGGCAACUGCUCCUGCUGAGAGAGACACACACAGAUUGUUUUUUGUGGAGUCAGACUUAGUGAGAAUAUGUGUGCACAUACAGUCAUACCUAUGACAGACUUUCUCUGAUCACGUGCCUGAGUUUACACAGAACUCAGCAGUGUUGUUCGGCUCUGUAGCUUCAGAGGGUCUCCUGGCUUGCCAUGGUAUUCUGUAGUUUUUUUCAUGUGCACAACACACGACUUUCACCUAGCACAUUAUAUAAGUGUUUGAACUUUUAAAACAUUUUCUGUUUUACAUGCGGAAAAAGCUUGUUCAUGGAUGUGUACAUAUUAACCUAACGUGCAGUGGGUUUGUACAAGAAGAGAAUCACAUUUGUACAGCUGCACACGUGACCCUGUGGUUAUUUUGUAAGUGAAAUAUUAACUGGAAGUAACAGGAACACUUUAUAUUUGUCAUUUUGAAUAUAGCAUUCAGGUUCUUGUUAUACCAGGUUUUUGAUCCAGCCUUUAUUUACGCCAGUAACAUUAAUGUAUUUUCACAAAUAUCAACUUGAAAGUUAAUUUCUUGAAAUUUGAUAGGCUAUUUAGGAGGCCAUAAUGAUUUUCAUGCAGAAUUUGACCCCAUCCUUCAUUUGCUCGUUGUGAGCAAUAUUCACCAUAAUGACUACUUAUUUAGGACCGUGUCUUUUUCCCCAUCAGCCCAGUUUAUGGAUAGAUUGAAUGGAAAUAUUGUCAAAAAGCAAUAAAUAUGUAAUUUAACUCUAAAUCAGCUUUCUGGGUGGGGGCAUAGUAGUGGAUAGUGAUUUUUCCUCAUUGAAUGAUACUCAGAAGUGUUAAAAUACACAGUUACGUUUAUAAAAAUGUAUGUGUUAAUUUAAGAAGUUUAAAAACAUUGUCCCAUUAUAACAGAAUUGCGUUUCUGUUCGUAAAUACCAGGAGCAAUGGCAACCGAUGUGUUGGAAAUAAAAACCAAAAUAAUUACCUAAA